AAACCAAAAAAAAAAACACGCCAACACUCUACCUCUUCUUCCUCUCACCGUCCCGGCACGCAUCCGAACACCCCCAACACCUGACCUUCGCAGAUCGGGUCCCUACACGAUUGUCAGCAAAUUUCAUAAAAGGAGCAGAAGUUGCUGGCAAAUUUCAAGAACUUUUGUCAGUUUACUUGAAAAGGCUUUUGGCAUUUGAAAAUCUAUUUAAGGUGAAUAAUUCGUUCAAACAGCCUGCUCCUGUGAAGACCAUUAUUGCCGUUGUGGUCGCUGGUGAGAAGAAGCCAAAAAAGAUCGGGGAAUUGAAGGUGCAGGAGUGGAAUUGGGUUGAAGAAAUUAGGGUUUGAUUAAAAUUGGGAGCGAUCUAGGGUUUUGUUGCUUUGAAGGGCGUGUGAUAAAGUCUAGGGUUUUUUUUUUGAAUUGGGGGUUUGCUUAGGGUCUUGGGGAAUUUGCGAAUUGGACUGGUUCUAAUGGUGUAUUUGUGUAUUUCGGGGGAAUUAAGAAAGGUCUUAAUGUGAAGAAGUUGAUUUGUAGGUAAAUGUAAUUAGCCUAAUUUUAUAUUCCUAAAUUUAAGGUCCUCUAUAUAUCAUUCGACUCCCAAUUUCGAAACUACACAUUCGAUACUCUUUGGUUCUUUCCAGUAUCCAUGGCUAAAUCUACUAGCAGUAGCAGAAGAAAGCGCCAUACAGAAGAAGAUGAAGAGAAAUACGACGACGCUUCAUCAUCAUCACCUCAAUCCUCUUCUUCCGAAGAAGAUGAUGAUAAUAAGCGAAGCCACAAACGCCGCCAUGGCGACGAUAGGGGUCCUAGGAAAUCCUCUUCGAGGAAAGACAGAAAAUCAUCCAGUAGGAGGAAAAGAAAGGAAAAGGAACGGAGAAGUAAGCACAAAUCGAAGAAGUAUGAGAGGAGAAAGAAGGAUAAAUAUUAUUCGGAUGAGUCCGAAGUGGCAGAGUCGUUGCCUAGGUCAGAUGGGGAUGAUGAUGAUUCUGGAUUGGAGAAUCCGGAGGAUGUUGUCAAAUGUAUUUUGAAGGAGUUUCCUGCUGUCUCAGGAGAUUUGGAACAGCUUCUACACAUGAUAGAUGAUGGUCAAGCAGUUGAUAUAAGGGGAUUGUCAGAAAAAACAUUGGUGAAGCACCUGAGAAGGCUAUUUCUAUGUCUGAACCUUAAAGAAACUGGUGAUAAUAUCUUUCUACUGAAAUCAGAGGGCCAUCCUACAUUGGAGGUUCUUAGACCUGUCAUUGAUGGCUACGGACGGUCUUCAAAGCAGCAGCUUGAUCAUUGUACAUUGGAGAACGAAUUGCUCUCGGUAUCACCAGAUGGCAGAAAUGGACCAGAUGCCAACAUGACUAAAUCAUCUGAAGAUGCCAUUGGUCCUAGACGAAGGGUAAUUGGCCCUGAAAUGCCAUCUGCUGAACUACUUGCAGCUGCAGCCAAAUUAACUGAAGCAGAAGCUGAGUUGAGAGAGGCUGAGUUAGUGGACGAUUCUGAAUUGUUUAUAGGGCCCCCUCCCCCUGCUUUUGUUUCUGAAGUUGAAUCAUCAAAUGAAGCAGAACGAUUUGAAGAGAUUACAAGAAUUAUGGGAGCUGAGGUGGAUAGUCCAUAUGAUAUUCUGGGAGUGAACAAGAAUAUGUCAGCUGAAAACAUGAAGAAAAGGUACUGGAAAUUGUCCCUCAUGGUACAUCCGGACAAAUGCUCUCAUCCACAGGCCCACCAAGCAUUUGUGAAGUUGAACAAGGCUUUUAAAGACUUGCUGGAUCCAGAUAAACGAAAAGCAUUGGAUGAGAAAAUAAAGCUCAAAGAGGAACAAGAGGAAUUCAAGGCGGAAUUGAAAGCAAUGAAAGAAGCUGCACACUGGAGACGUUUGCAAGGUAUAUCAAUGGAGGGUGAUGAUAUACUUUUAGCUGACAUGGAGGCUAAGGUGGAACCUAAAAGAGAUGAAUGGAUGACAACCCUACCCCCUGAAAGAAAACCUGGGACGACCAUGCAAUCAACAAAAUUCAGCAGAAGCUCCAAGGAGGGGCGCGGGGAUACUAGUGUCUGGACUGACACACCAUCAGACCGAGCCCAGAAAGCAAAAAUGAAUUAUUUAGAAGCCUAUAAUGAGGCUUCAACACUUGCUUCAAAUGAGCAAGAAAGAAAACGAUCCAAUUCAGAUGCACAUUUGGUAGAUGAAUACAACAAAUCGAAGCGGUCAAAGUCACUAGUAGACAAGCAUCAAGAGCUAGCUCAAAAUCGAUCAAAGAAAAAAUCCAAGCAGGAACCAGUUAAAGAAGAAUGGGAGGGAAAGCAUCCAUGGAGACCAUGGGAUCGUGAGAAGGAUUUGACAGCGGGACGGCAAAGUGUGAAAUUGGAUGCUGAAAACAUGGCUCAGGGUUUGUCUUCUAGGUUUUCCUCAGGAUCAUUUCAAAGAAACUUCCUGUAGAGCAUUGAAUCAAGAAUCUAAUUUAAGCUGCCAGAAGUCCUGUAUCAGAUUGACGUAAUAUAUCUUUAAAGAAGUGGUUUUUGCGGUCA